UCGCCGCCUGACAGCAGAGCAGCUGCUUCUGUUUACUUGCCUCACGCAACUUUACAUAGCCUGCUAGAGGAAGAAGCUUACCAGCCGAUGUUUGUUUGACUAACUUCCUGACAUAUUCUCAAUUUAUCAACCACCAGUUCUGACCCCAGUUCGUCGAACGACUUCGAGUCCAUGAGUCGCAGUCGGAACCCCCCUCAACGGGGUCAAGGAGCCGCCCGGGCCAAACAGAUGGGGCUGCUGUUGGACCUGGAUCCUGACGGAGGGCUGGACGGGGGGAAUGAGGAAGAGCUGGAGGCGGAGCUCCUGGCCCUGAUGGGCGGAGGAGGGGCGCGGUCUCCUGCUAAAAAGGCUGGAGGGAAAGCCCCCUUGCCGAUGGAGGACAUCGAGCGCAUGGCGGCCAUCUGCAUGAAGGACCUGGUCGAGGAGGAGGACGACGGCGAUCUGGAGGGAGACGCAGACCUCCUGGCAGAGCUGAAUGAGGUGUUGGAGGAGGAUGAUGAAGGUGUGGUGGUGGAGGAGGAAGAACGCAGGCCCCCACCCCCGGCUCCGGCUCCCCGCUCCACCCCCGCCGCCUCGCCCCGCUCCCCGCCUGCCUCCUCGCCGAGCGAUGCGGACGGGGUCGAAGGUCGUCUGCUGGAGCGCAUCCACAUGUACCAGGCGGCCAUCGCCAACGCCAAGGCCACGGGGGAGUCCAGCAAGGCCCGCCGAUACGACCGCGGACUCAAGACUCUGCAGUCCAUGUUGGCGGCCGCAAGGAAAGGAAAGCCGAUCAAUGAGGAUGAGAUGCCGCCGCCCGUCGCCUCGGGAGCAAAGCCCGCCCCCGCCCCUGCUCCCGCCUCUCCGCCCGAGCCAAUCGACGAACCAGAGGAGCCUGCUCCGGCGUACACCCCGCCCACUCCCCCCACCCCGACCAAUGAGAAGCCUCAGCAGCAGCAGCAGCAGCAGCAGCAGGCUCGGCCGGAGGUCCUGCCCAAACCCAGGCUCCAGGUGCCCAUACAGAGAUCCGCCGCCGUUACCCCGGAUACGCCCGCCAUCUCGCCGCUGACGCCCAUCCAACCGCACGCACAGCACUCGGAGCUGAAAACACAGGUCCUGAGCAGACAGAGGGAGUACAAACUUGCUGCCAUCCAUGCCAAACAGGGUGGCAACACCGACCUCGCCAAACAACAAUACCUGAUCGCCAAGAAACUAGACUCAGUGGUGGAGGCAGUGGACAGAGGAGAGCCAGUGGAUGUGAGCUCUCUGCCUCCCCCUCCUGAGGCAGCUGUGGUGUCUCAGGGUUCUGUUGCCCCUGCUCAGGUGAACUCCAAACCCGCCCCCGCCCCUCCUCCUCCUCCUCCUGCUGUCUCAGUCACGCCGGCGCCCGAUGCUGCUCCGCGGUCUCUGGCCGAGGCCCUGCAGCAGAGGAUGCAGAAGUACCAGGCAGCAUCAGAGACGGCCAAGAGCAAAGGAGACGACCGCAAGGCCCGCAUGCACCAGCGCAUCGUUAAGCAAUACCAGGAAGCCAUCAGGGCCCAUAAGGCCGGCAGGCAGGUCAACCUGGCCGACCUCCCCGUGCCUCCAGGCUGUCUUCCCCUGCAAGGCACAGAGACCGGCGAACAGAACUUCAUGGGUGUCCUGGAGACGGCUAUGAAACUGGCCAAUCAGGAUGCGGACGACGGUGAUGAUGACGGAGAGGGUGUGGCAAAGCCUGCUGCUCGUCCAGCUCAGAAGGCGCGGGCUCCUGCUCCCCCCUCAGGUGUGUCACCUGGAGGAACCCCCUCUGCCACCUCACCGGCCCUCAAAAUGGGCACCAAAGCUCAGCAGCAGCUGGACUUCCUGUUGGCGCGGCGGCAGCAGUUUGUGAAGGCGGCGCUGCGCUCCAAACAGAUGAAGGACAUGCAGGGGGCCUCGCUGCACCUCAAACACGCCAAGGGCCUCGACCCCAUGAUCGCCGCCGCCAAGGGAGGCCUGCCUGUAGACAUCACUAAGAUCCCCAGUGCUCCCGUGAGUGAGGAGGACUACUCCCUGGCCCGCACGCGCUCCUCCCCCCUCUCCCCGCACACGUCUGAGCAGUACUCCCAGCUCAUGGGCCUGCUCAAGCAGCAGCAUGAGAAGUGCCUAAACUACUCCCAGCAGUUUACACACCUGGGCAGCGUCGCCGAGACCGCCAGGUUUGAGAAGUUGGCUGAGGAGAGUAUGAGUAACAUUGAGCUGCUGAAGAAGGCUCACGCUAAGGGGCAGCCUGUGCCCAACCACCACAUGGAGGAACGCACCUUUAACUCUGUCAAAAUGUACCCUAACCUAACUGCCAAUGAAAUGCAGCUGAUCGUAGUGAAGGGCAUCAACCUGCCGGCUCCUUCAGGAGUUUCACCUAGUGAUCUGGACGCCAGCGUACGCUUCGAGUUCCCCUUUCCCAGUUCGGAGGAGCCUCAGAAGGACAAGACGAGUACAAUCAAAAAUACCAACUGUCCAGAGUUUAAGGAGCAGUUUAAGCUCAACAUUAACCGCACCCAUAGAGGCUUCAAGAGGGUGGUGCAGUCCAAAGGAAUCAAGUUCGAGAUCUUCCACAAAGGUGGCCUGUUUAAAGGUGAUAAGAGUGUGGGCACGGCUCAGCUGAAGCUGGACUCCCUGGAGAAUCAGUGUGACCUCAGACAAAUCAUAGAUGUACUGGACGGCCGUAAGCCCACCGGCGGGCGUCUGGAGGUGCGGGUGAAGAUCAGAGAGCCCCUUGGGGGCGUGCAGCUGCAGUCAGUCACUGAGAAGUGGAUCGUCCUGGACCCUCUACAGCUCUCUCCCCCUGACAGAGAGAGGGAACGAGUGCCCUCCCCCAGGUCCAAACCCAGAAGUGACCAUGACAAGAAUGACAACAAUAGCAACACCAAACCCAGUCAUUCCCCUCCACAGUUUAAACUGCACAGUUUCAGCCUCCUCAACUAUGACAAGGAACGACUAGAGAAAAAGAUUGAGGCGUACAAGAAGACUAGGCGGGAGCCUCCGUCUGAUCUAACCCAGCAGCAUAAGGAUGUGUGUCACAGGCUCCAGUGGCAGAAGAGUUACCUGGAGAGAGGGUCUUCAUCCACACUAUCAGAGUAUGAACAUGUUCUGAAGAAGCUGUUUCACGGUCUGUCUGACUCAGUCAAGAAGUUCUCCAGCCAGGGUAACAGGGAGGCGGCCAAGGACGCUUUAGGGAGGGUAAAGAUGGUGGAACAGGAGAUGGAAUCAUUGAGGAAAAGACGGACUGUGUGAAAAGGG